UCCAGUUUGGUCGCAGUCUUCCUCGAGCAACACGAGGAAAAAGGAUAAACCUACGGUAUCGCGUCGGAGCGGCGAGAGAGGAGCCGGCUGACGCGAAGAGGAGGAAGGACGGACGGACGGAGACAGAAGAACGCUCGAACUCGCGGCCGCCGGCGAGUUACCGGUCAGUUCAGCCUCGCGGAUCACGUUCGAUGCGUCUCCGUCGCACGUUUCACCAUUGAAAAUCCCGUGGAACCGAAAUCGGUGAAUCGAUCCAUCAGAUUCUCCAUCGCCACGCUCGUCCCGUCCAAUGAAAUCUCAAACAAUUCCAUUCGAGCGUGAUUUCAUCCGUCAAGAAGACUAAUACGAUUGACGUCGCAACGAAGUUCAAGGCCACGAUCGAACAAUUGGAUCCGAUUCUACGAUCACACUAACGAGAGAUUAUCGUAUCCAGAGACUGCAAGCAAUUCGAUUUGAACAGGAUUCGAUCGUUAAGGAGACUUAACGAGAUUUAUUCUCGAGGAUCAAUUUAUUCUAUUAACUCGGACGCACGAUUCACAGAUAGAGGCUUGAGAUCUAAGAGGAUUUUUCGAGAGGAAUAUUAAUAAGAGUCUGCAGUGAGGAUCUUUUGGAGAGAUUCUCGUGGUGAUAGGAGGAUUGUCUUUGGUUUUUGCGUUUGUUGGAGUAUGUAUAUGUAUCUGCUGGUUGUCGUUGCUCUCGCGAGCACGACGGUCGCGCAGGUUCCUGGAGAGAACAGGGACAUCGAUGUUACGAUCGGCGCGAUCUUCAGAGACCGGUCGAUAUUCAACGAGAGCCUUCUUCCAGCCGCAGGUAACCAGCCGCCGAUAGUUAAUCUGAACGGUAAUCACAAUUAUCAGGCCGCGCAACAGGUGUUUUUUAUUAGCUCCUCGCCGAACCAAUGGCAGAAGAAGUUCAGGACCUGUGUCACGCAAAUGGUCAGGGACGAUUAUGUUAUUACCCCGGACAAGGGGUUCCAUAAGCUCCACAUGCGUAAGAUGACCUGGAAUCGGGCGAGGAAGUCGUGUUUGGAGGAAGGAGGUCAGUUAGCCGUGAUAAGGUCGCCCCUCGCGGAGCAAUACUUGCACGAAUGGAUGAAGAAGGAGAAAGUGAGCAGCUGUUGGUUAGGUGCUCACGACCAAUUCGAAGAAGGCGAAUGGGUAACCGUCGAAGGCAAACGACUGGACUAUGAGAGAUGGUCGACCGACCCGUUCCCCUAUCAGCCGGAUAAUUACGGCGGCAAUCAAAACUGCGCGGUCUUCAAGGAGCACGGAAUGGACGACGUCGAGUGCACCGAGAAGCACGCGUACAUCUGCGAGAUGGUUUUAUGCUAAAUCGCCGCGCGAUGCGAUCUGCGGAACUGAGGAUUCGACGGAACCAUUUCCUCUACUACACGAAUCGUUCAAGUUGUAUUUUCUAUGCCAAUAAAGACCAUUUGAUAGAACU